GCCGCUUAGCGGCAGAGGCUGUGAGCCGGCUGAAACGGCGGCUGAGGCCGCGGAGGAGCGCCGAGAUGGCAUUACCUACCAUGCCGUCCUGCUGGCCAACCCGCAACAGAGCGCUCGAAAGGCAGAUCGUGCGACAACGAGAGCAAGAAGCCCAAUUUCGGCAGCAGUGGGAUAUCAACAGCCGCUAUUUCAGAGAAUUUGAUGUCUGGAGCUCUAAACAGGCCCAGUGGAGCUCAAGAACAUGCUACCAGAAGAGCAUGCAAGCAUACGAACAGCAGAAACUGAAGGAGGAAAAGAAAAAGAGUUUGGCAGAACGACAGAAACGUCUCUGUAAACUGCUGUCAGAGGAGAGGAAUCAGUUCACCAAAGAACUGAAAGAGAAGAGGCUGAAUGUGGCUUUGAGAGAGAGCGACAUGAGAGAAAGAAGCGAGAAACUUAAGUCGGCAAGAGAACAAGAAAGGAAAACGGUUGCUGAACAACUUCUGUAUGAACACUGGAAGAAGACUAACCCCAGAUUUCGACAGAUCGAAUCAGCUCUUCACAGGAAACAUGUGGUCGACUCCUGGGAAUCUCAGCUGUCAGAAAGAAAACAGCAAGAAGCUGCCGAGAAAGAGGAAAAAAUCCAGUUUGAAAACCAGUAUGAAGUGGCCAGAAGGGAGGCCAUGGAACGGAUGACCCGCGCAGAAGAGAAGAGACGAUUGGAGGACAGCCAGCAGGCGGAGGCUUUGCGCCAGCAGAUGGAGGAGCUCAGGCUGAAGGAGCUGGAGGCAACAAAACUGAAGAAAGAACAAGAGAACUUGUUGAGGCGCCAGUGGGAACUGGGCUUACUGGAGGAAGAGAGGAGGAACAUGGAGGAGUGCAGGAAGAAGGCGGAGCUGGGACGCUUUUUGAGACACCAGUACAACGCUCAGCUGAACAGACGCACCCAGCAGAUUCAAGAGGAGCUGGAGGCGGACAGACGGAUCCUCUUGGCCCUUCUGGAGAAGGAAGACGAGGACCAGCGGCGGGACUCAGCCCGGCGGGAGCAGGCAGCUGCGGAUGCCGCGUGGAUGAAGCAAGUCAUCGAGGACCAGCUGGAGGUGGAGAGGGCGCGAGAAGCGGAGCUGCAGCUGCUGUACAGGGAAGAGGCCAAGCGGAUGUGGGAGAAGAGGGAGGCCGAGUGGGAGAGAGAGAGGCAGGCUCGAGACCGGCUGAUGAAAGAGGUUCUUGCGGAGAGACAGCAUCAGCUCCAAGAAAAGAUUGAACUAAAUCGGCGCGCGCAGCAGGAAGCCCUGAAGUGCCGCGAGCAGCUGAUUCGAGGCCUGGAGGAGGCGAGGGAAGAGGCCCAGAGAGGAAGAGCAGAAGAAGUGGAGCUGAAAACGAUCUGGAGACGGGAGCUGGAGUCACAGGUCGCAGAGCGCCGUCUCCACAACCAGGAAGAACUCGAGCAGCAGAGAAAGGAGGAGGCGGAGGCCAGGCUCGAGGACCAGUUAUGGGAGGGACUGGUUGAGCAGGAGGCGCGCCUGAUGAGCCAGCGCGGCUUUCAGUCCAAGCCAUACGGUCGUCCCAGAAUUGCCUGGAACUGAGCCUGAAUGCACAGCAAGCGCUGGGACCAAGGAUGCUGACGUGUAGGUUGUGUUGUUAGUAAACCCGAUCAGGUAUUCCAGGGAUUAAAAAUAAACAUUAUACUAUGCUUUCCAUUUGGAAAGGGUCACGGUGACGUUGCUCAGGGUGAAUUAAAUGGUAGACGAAGGGGCCAGACUGAAAGGGGCUGGGAACACGUGCAGCUCGGCUAAGGUAAAAAUUUUGGCCUUUUCGGUUGUAAAAGUGUAAUGAAAUGUAGGUAAACAUUUAGAAUAUUUUCAGAGAGCUUUCUCUGGAAACUAACUUUAUUUAUAAAUAGCAAAAAUUUCUAAAGUGCUUAAUUAUUGAAUGUUGGGAGUUUGACUUUUCAGGAAGAAUUUCCAUGUAAACUCUUAAGACAUAACACACAAGACAGAGUGUGUCCAGUUCUUGUUGGCUCGUGCUCAAUUUCAGAUCUCCCGUGGUUACUAGUAAAUGUGAUGUUUAGUGAUAUGGCCGGCUAAUUGUUUAGGUGUAAUUAAGGCACUUAUUUAUUGGAGACAUUUCUUAAUAAAUUUUUUUUUAAAUGAA